UUUUUUUUUUUUUUUUUUUGGCGCCCGCGCGCAGCGGCGGCUCCCCGCCUCGCCCAGCCCGAGGACCCUCGGGGGGGGCGGCUCUCCCUCCCUCCCCCCCCCACCCCCCCCACCCCCCCCCGCCGCGCGCAGCCCCCCGGCGCGGAGGCUGGCGCAUGCCACAGCGCGCCUCGGCGCCGCCGCCGCCCGCCCGCCGCUCGCCGCCUGCCGCCGCCCGCCGCCGCCGCCGCGCCUCGGCGCCCGGCUGCUUCAUGAGUGGCGGCCGGCAUGCCCGGGUGGUAGCCGCGGGCCCUCCCUCGCGUGCCGCAUGUUCAGGACCAAACGCUCGGCGCUCGUCCGGCGGCUCUGGCGGAGCCGCGCGCCCGGCGGCGCCGAGGAGGAGGAGGCGGCGGGCGAGCCCGGCGGCGCGGUGGCGGCGGCGGCGGCGGCGGCGGGCGGCGGCGGCGGCGGCGGCGGCGGCGCCGGGCGCGGGUGCUGCGCGGGCAAGGCGGGCGCGGAGGCGGAACUCAAGGCGCUGACCCACGCGGUGCUCAAGCGGCUCAAGGAGCGGCAGCUGGAGGGGCUGCUGCGCGCCGUGGAGUCGCGCGGCGGGGCGCGCACGCCCUGCCUGCUGCUGCCGGCCAAGGCGGCCGACGCGCGGCUCGGCGCGCACUGGUACCCGCUGCCGCUGCUGCUGUGCAAGGUGUUCCGCUGGCCCGACCUGCGCCACUGCGCCGAGGUGAAGCGCCUCUGCGGCUGCGAGUCCUAUGGCAAGGCGCACCCCGAGCUCGUCUGCUGCAACCCGCACCACCUCAGCCGGCUCUGCGAGCUAGAGUCUCCCCCUCCACCCUACUCCAGAUAUCCGAUGGAUUUUCUCAAACCAACGGCAGAUUGUCCAGACUCUGUGCCUUCCUCCACUGAAACAGGGGGAACUAAUUGUCUAGCCCCUGGGGGGCUUUCAGAUUCCCAAGUUCUUCAGGAGCCGGGGGAUCGGUCACACUGGUGCGUGGUGGCAUACUGGGAAGAGAAAACGCGCGUGGGUCGGCUGUAUUCUGUCCAAGAGCCCUCCCUGGAUAUCUUCUAUGAUCUACCUCAGGGGAACGGCUUCUGCCUCGGCCAGCUCAAUUCGGACAACAAGAGCCAGCUGGUGCAGAAAGUGCGCAGCAAAAUCGGUUACGGUAUCCAGCUCACCAAGGAAGUGGACGGCGUGUGGGUCUACAACCGCAGCAGUUACCCCAUCUUCAUCAAGUCGGCCACACUGGACAACCCCGACUCCAGGACGUUGCUGGUUCACAAAGUGUUUCCAGGGUUUUCCAUCAAGGCGUUUGACUACGAGAAGGCGUACAGCUUGCAGAGACCUAACGACCAUGAGUUCAUGCAGCAACCAUGGACCGGAUUUACUGUUCAGAUCAGCUUUGUGAAGGGCUGGGGCCAGUGCUACACGAGACAGUUUAUCAGCAGUUGCCCGUGCUGGUUGGAGGUUAUUUUUAAUAACCGAUGACUCGAGACAGAGUGGACUCAUGACAUUUAUACUACUUUGCUGCUAUUAUUUCCUUCUGAGUGCUUGCUUUUCAUGCAAACUUUUUUUGUUGUUUUUUUUGUUUUGUUUUGUUUGUUUGUUUGUUUGUUUUCCUGUUUUGAGAAAUAGCUUAUGGGAAGAUUUUUGCCUUGGGAUUUUGAUAAAUAUAUCUAUUUUUUAAAAGCGUGAAUGACCAAUAACUCAGAAGGGCGAGAGAAAGCGCGGGAAGGGGCGGGUGAAUUGCAUACGAUAAUUAUUUCAUUGCUCUGAAACGAUUAUCUUAUGCGAUCGGCGGAUUCGGAAGUCACUUGCUACUUGUUAAGGACAGCGCGUCUCGCCUGAAGCUAAGCCGAGACCCUCUCCCUGCGCCUGCCGGAGGGAUGCUGGGGUGAACGUGGUCCUGCAAAACCUUGCCAGUCAGUUUUUUGCCCCCACGUUUUUUGUGUUUUUUGUGUUUUUUUAAAAGCGUCUGGCUUGUGGGGUUCACGCCUUGCCACGGCGUCGAGCUGCCUGUCCACCGCGGGAGCGCUGGAAGAAGUGAUGCUCGUCCUUUCACUGCUUUUUUUGCCAUGGAUUGAUACGAGGGGAGGAGAAAAAAUGACGGCGGAGAAAACCGUGCAUGGCCCGUGCUUUGCAAUUUGAGCUGAGAUGCAAAGUGACAGAAACAUAAGCCUAGAAAAACAAAAAAACAAAACAAAACAAAGGAAAACAAACGGGGGAAAAAAAGAAAAAGUGUUCACGAUAGUUGGUCUGUUGGAACCUGCUUAGAUCAGGUCAUCCCGGUACCAUCGUAUCUGGAAAUGCAGUUGUGCUUUCAUUUCUUCUUGAAUUCAUACACAAGUAUGAUACUUUUACACUGUUCUUAGCUCAAUGAGCAUGUUUAGACCUUAACAUAAGCUAUUUUUCUAAAUAUAAAGGUUUAAAUGAACAAGAGAGCAUUCUCAUUGGAACUUUAGCAUCGUAGUGCUUUGGAAAUAAAACACACAAAAAAAGGACUCCUUAAAAAAACUCUGAGAUUUAUUAAAGAAAAAAUGUAUUUUAUGUUAUAUAUAAAUAUAUUAUUACUUGUAAAUAUAAAGACGUUUUAUAAGCAUCAUUAUUUAUGUAUUGUGCAAUGUGUAUAAACGAGAAAAAUAAGAAAGAUGCACUUUGCUUUAAUAUAAAUGCAAAUAACAAAUGCCAAAUUAAAAAAAAAAGAACACAAGAUUGGUGUUUUUUUCUAUGGGUGUUAUCAUCCAGAUGAAUGUUUUUUCUAAAGGAGUUUAUGUUCCAUUAAAAAAUAAAAAUGUACACUUGA